UCAUACGAAAGUCAAUGUGAUUACUCAUCAAUCAAGAUUAUUUUCAUGGCUGUGGCAUUUCAUCAUCCAUGUAAACUUUAUCAAUGCAUAUUCGUCAUCACUUUUUUCAUUCAAUAGCUAUGUAGAUACAUAUGAAACCAUGGACAUUAUCAUGAGCUACAACAACCGUUGAAUCGCUGCUCGCGGAGCUGCUUUGAAUGAAAGCGAUGUUAAAGCGGAGUUCCAAAAAAGCUGAAUGAUAGGAGCGCAGCGCCAGCGACGAAAAUUCAAAUUUCGUUGAUGCUGCAGUAAGGCAUGUUGACGAUGGGUCUGCCCCGACCGUUGAUGAUGCAUUAGCGAUUCCGCAUCUACUGAGGGCGAUUUUGAGGAGCACUAAAACGCAAUGAGUGAAAUUGCGUGUCGAUGUUUAUGGGCGCAAGCGGACGCUCCAUCUCUCGGAUGAUGGGUAAGAAAUGCAUCGGGCAGACCAAAUACACAUGGAACGACGCAUGGUAAAGCAAGUAGAUGCAACACAUGCCGACGGUUGAGGCCUUGAGGAAAACAUGAUUUUGGGAACUCAGACGUUAGCAGCGUGUUUGUUUCCCUAUGCACCGCUUAAAGCGCUUCAUUUGGCUACAGCAGUAUUCCGCCGGAAGUGCUCCGCACAGAGUUGAAGUUCAGCCGAGGUGGACUGCAAUGGGAAGCUAUCGCACUGGAGACUUAAAGAGGAAAAACUUAAUAUGCUAUCAAGGCCCUACAAAUAGAUUUUAGGUCUUUCACGACUGCCACGUGGUCUGACUACUUUUAUCGGUUUUGAUGCUACGGAGGGCCCACGGCCUAAGCAAGAGACGAAUUAAUGGCAAAGGAGGGAGCAGGUGCACCACCGGGGCGGCGUCGGAUCGCGUACAUGCCGCCACCAGGAUUUCCCGGUAAUUUGACGCCUUCGCAGCGGCUUGUGCUGGAUGAGAUCAGGCGACGUUUUGCUGUCCAGGCCACUAUCGAUGGCGCUUUCGGGAGUGAUAUGGUUUUGCUCAAGUUUUGCCGGGCCCGAGAUUUUCAGCUGGAGAAGGUGGCAGAUUUGCUGGCGAGGCACUUCCAGUGGAGGACGCGGCCACUCUUCUCCAACCCCUCAUCGAAAAUGGGUGCCUUGAGCGCUGUGCCAAUCACAGAGUUACAUCGUACAGGCCCGUCAGCGAGCAUUCAAAAUCGCAUGCCGCAGCUGAACAAGUUCUACCCGACGAGGUAUUAUUUGGUUAGUAUUUUAUAUACAGUAGAAUCUCUGUAUCAACAUGAGAACAAGGAUCAUUUGCUCGAAGCCCUCAAGUUAGGGCUAUUUAGGAAUGGGACUUCUCACUUUCUUCUGUAGCAUACGCAGAUAAACUUUGGAGCAAAUUGCUCUUCUCUAAUACGAAGUCGCUGAGGUGAACAUCUUCAAUAUUCGCUGCAGUUAUCACGGUACGACAAAGACGGGAAUGCCUUUGUACAUCGAUUGCGUCGGUCGCAUCGACGCUGGGGGGCUCUUCUCGAUUGCCACGGAAGAGGAGAUACUAGAAUUUUUUAUCGCUGAAUGCGAAAAGAGGGAUGCUGUCCGCUUUGCGUGUUGCAGUUUAGAUGCUGGAUAUCUAGUCGAAAGUUCUUGCGCAGUAAUCGAUUUGUCGGGCCUCAGCUUCCGCUUGUGUACCCACUCGAUGAUCCGAAAGCUGAUAAGAUAUCUCUCUGCAGUGAAUCAAGAUCAUUAUCCGGAGUCUCUCCACCGUAUGUUCAUCGUGAAUGCGCCUCGGGUUUUUUCUCUUGCCUGGAGCUUUGUGAAACCACUGCUCGACGAGAAAACCCUCGACAAAAUUUCCAUUUUUGGAGAUGGUACUAUAAGAAAAUGUUUAUAGUCCUAGUCACCUCUUCUCAAUUACCUUUCGUCUUGCAACUGUACGAUACCGGAAUGCUUCUUUCCCUGGUGUUAAUAUAGUAACCGAUUAUGUAUCUUAUUGUCGAAAUGAAAAUUGAUCAGAUUUUUAUCCGGCAUUGUGCGAGCUGGUCGACGAAGAGAAUAUCCCGAAGUUUUUGGGUGGCAAGUGCAGGUGUGGGAUUGGGGGAUGCUUGGAAGCGGACAUGGGACCGUGGCGGCGUGCGGAUUAUCUGAAAAUCUUACAGGAGCAUCAUUGGACCGAGGUACAAAGUAUCGCUUUUAUCGACGACUUUUGCAGGGAGGGAGACGGCGGCGGGGAAGAACUCGCCUCCGAAAACCAUAGUGAGGCUUAUGGAUUAGAAGGCUUUGACCAAAGAGGAAGGGGUGGUAGUGAUUGUUUUGUCAAUAUGUGAUUUUCGCAAGCUGAUACCUUUUUUUCCCAAGAACAAGAUCCUAGCUCCGCAUUUUGUUCUCAACUGCUCAGGAAUUUCCACGAGGCUAAUGUCUAUCCAAAGAAAAUGAUCAGUCAGAAGCGCUAAGGUGAGAGUACGAAUACUCAAACAGUGUCUUCGAGUUCGACUGUGCAGUCCGACGCUGCCGCUUCGAUUGGUCCAAGUGCAGUCGCAGAGGAGAGUGCCAAGUUGAGUUGUGAGGCCCAGAGGGCUACAUGGUCGCAGGAAGCAGGAACCGCUGCGGCUGAGCAGACUCCUUUGAAGCAGAGUGUAUCUGGUGUACCGCGUGAUAUGGUUUGCAGACCGGUGCCACCCAGUUUCGUGGCGUCCGAAGAUAUCUCUGGUGGCAACAAGCAAGAAACAGAGGGAAGACAAUCGCCUCAUACCGGUCAAAAUGGUGAAAACAAAGUGCUAACUGCUUCGACUAGAGAAAGAGAUGUCUUAGGUAGUACUGCAACUACCACCAAAGAUGUGGUCGUAAGGACUUCUGCUUCAGCAAAUCGAGAUGGAGGCGCACCUGUAGAGCCGGUUUUCGAGAGUCCGCAAAGCAUUCCAGCUGCACCACCCUCUGAGAGUCCAGCGUCGAGUGACGUUGUCACGGACGCGCGCCCGCCCGCCGCUGUUACGGACACGAAGAUCAGUAGUUCUGGUGAAAAUGAUCUAACUGCAGCUACGAAACCAGAGGCCCCUUUGGUGAAGCAGGAUAAUGCAUCUGCGGGGUCUUCAUCCUCUGGCAGCUCGAGUGGCGAACGUGUAGAAGCUCUGUUGGCCGACAUUAUUGCGGGAGAAAGCGGCGAGUCUCCUAGCGGAUUUCGGUCCGUCACUUACAGCACUGCUGACAAGUCCGCAGGGGGAUUUUCAGGGAUCGGGAGUGCCGCUGCUUCUGGCGUUGGAGAGAAAGCCACGUCGAAGAGCGGCAAGCAGGCUGCAGGCAGUAGCGGGUCGGCGGGCUCGUCAAGCGCUUCGUCAUCGCCGUACUUGAGCAGUGCAUCAUGCAGUGCCACGCAGUCCCCGCUGGGCUCGAGCCUGAUUUCCGGGGUGAUUCCCGGCUCCUCACCGGCGUCCUCUUCGACGUCUCCAGCGCGGUUGAAAGGCAUGCCGCAAAGGCCGGAGCACCUCAGUGCACUGUCACCGCGGUCCGAUCAAGCCUACUUCUCGGACGGGGCGUACUUUUCGGAUGGGGCGUGGGCUUCGGCGCGUGCUGAAUCCUCUAGUUCGGAGUCCAGUAUGACGCCGUCGUCGGAACGGGAUGACGCGGAUUGGCGGAAUAACCUGAAUAACUUUGCCGAGUUUCAGUCGGCUACUCAAACUGCAUCAACACAGUCUACCUCAAAGCUUCCCACGGUCAUAGGGGGACGGAAUUUUCGACUGAAUGGCAUUGCGUUGCCACCUGCGGAAGGCGAGCGCGCCUCUUCUUCGGGGAGCGCGGAGUCAAUCGGAGCCGGCUUUGACGAAAACGAGCCCAGUACGAAAGCAUCUGUAGUUCGUUUGGAAGGUGGUAUCGAGAGUGUCCCUGACCCUUUUUCGAAGAGUAGCACCAUACCCGCAAACGGGGCUCCGGCAGCAGAGUUAGGUGGAUCAUUGCAACCUCCAGGUCGUGAAGUGAAUGCGUUCGCGCCUGCUGGUCGUGCGGCAUCAACAGGUAAUGCCUCAUCCGACGCAACGCCUGCAAGCAGUGGCGGGAGCUCGACGCCCGCGCGGCAGACGAGAGACGGAGACAUUCUGAUGCAGGAAUUUGACGUUUUGCUCAUGGAACUCGCAAAUCUAGAGACGCGCCACAUGGAAACGCUGCGAAACUGGGGACGCACGCAGGAUCUGUUGGCGCUAGACGUACCAGAGCAUGCGAUAGAGCGGGCAGCGAAAUAUUACGACGCUUUUUUUGCGAAAAAAGACAAGCAGAACGAGGUAUUCGCACGUGCUACAGAAUUUUGCGCUUGACAUUAAGUUGCUCUGAAGCUAAUUUUCUAGAAGUUCUAUGUAUGUAAUAGUGCUUCUUAGGUACUUGACUAAGGAUUACAACACGGAGCGAACGCAUGACAUGAAAUUGCUCCACUUGGCCCCACUAGACUACUCACUCGACCUGACAUGUUCUAAAGGCCGGGUGAAGCUUUAUAUGUGCUGCAACCAGAGGAUUUUCAUGGUAUACCUACGUACUAAAAUCUUUUACGCAUUACCGUAAUCAUUCCAUCGACAUGCUGAACACCUGUAUGCAGGUGACCGACUUGACACAUGAGUUUCAGCAGCUAUCAGAGGCACUCGAAUCCGGACAGAAAGAGCAAGGGCAGUACCGGAAGCGUCUUGUAAAGCUGCAUACAUACGAAGCAAGCGCAGGAGGAUCGCUGCCAACUAGCCCUGGAGGUGCUCACUUUAACAAUCCUGGCCGGCUCGUCAUAAUGUAGUUGCUGGUAGGGUGAUUAUGAAAAAGAACAUAAUGUAGUGUGGUGAAUGCUAUGGGAGGAUGAAUGUCAAACUCGAAGGGAAAGAGCGAGGCUAAACAUUUGAACUUCAUCUGAUCCGAUUAAUUGUUUAGGUACGUACUUCGCUGCCGGUGAAGAAGAAAAGUUUUUAAUGCGGACUCUUCAACAACUUGGAAAUCGAGAGCAGCAGUACAUAAGCCGCCGUCUUGAAGUCGAGCAGCGUCUUGCGGAAGCCCUGACAGAGUUGAAAGUGAAUCAGGAACGGUUCGACACCCUUUCACAGGUAUUGAUCCACUUUUUUCAUCUUAGUAGAGGAUUGAGGACCCUACUGUUUCCUGACAUUCACUUCAUGAACUUGGCGCGAGUAGUUUACCUAAUUUGUACUUAGAGUCUCCUGUCGAUGAAUUCAGUUUUUGUCUUGAUAGAGGUCCAGUUUCGGCUUUUUUUGUUGCUCCUGCACACAAGUGUCAAUAGAUAUUCGUUGCGUAAGGCGCAAACUAACAUCAAGAUUGAUGACUCUUGAAUUUUCAAUCUUUUUCCGAUACCAGCCGCAUUGGUAUUGCAGCUGGAACUGCUCCGUGGUCCGUGCGAAAAAGUAUUACCACACGAAGCAUGACCAUGAAAAAAUAGUAGAGUCGGAAAUGCGCCAAAUAGAGUCGGUGCAUAAACGCUUACGGGCUGUGAAAAUUUUGCGUCGACGGGCAGAACACAGCCAGCACGGUGCUAGAAAUUUAUGAGUGUUGAUGUAGUAGCAGCCUCUUUUGGUCGUCGCGAAUCUGUAUGCGCUAGCGUGCUAUCAUGACUGCAAUCUUUGAGAUUUUCGUCUCAUACUCCUAUUGCCUACCAUCGCCGUUGCUUAAUAGUGCUGUUCUAAUCCUUGGAGACGAGCAUUUCUUGUUAGGGUCGCGGGAGGGACUGGAGAAGAAGCUGUUCGAGAUUGAGGGGCUCCUAGGGCCGAAGCGGAACAAGAAUGAGGAGGAGUUUUGGUCCUGCGAUGAUCUCGGGUGAUCGACAGUGGUACGAAAAUCUACGAAUUUUUGUACUGGUAUGAUCUCCUCAUGGCGCCAUAUGCUGAUUCAUAAUGUCAUAUUGUACGCAUAGUGCUAUUUACUUACUAGAAAAGUAUGUUCAUAUCAUGAAUGUAUCAUGACAGCCAUGGUAAGCGGGAGUCUACUUCUGAACUGAGUACUUGGUGAUGUUCACCUUCGUAUUUCAUGGGCUUACAUCAAUCGCUGAAAGUUAUUGUCUGAAAGUUUACAUUGCUGCUGAAGCCGGUAUACUGUAACGAAAAGUGGAGCUGGCUCCGCUUGUAGGCUAUUUCUCGCUGGUUUAACUCCCACGCACUCUCUGCGCAAAAGUUUACUGGAUCUCGGUUUUGCGAUGGUAUCCCAAAUUGAAUUAGCUUGAUAUAUAUCGCUGACAGAUGCGACAUUGGUGCUUUGCACUUCGCGAUGGAUAGAAUAGAUGGCCUAAAAAGGGUUGAAGGCGUGGCAUCAAACGCAGUGUCAUAGAGGCC